GCGAACUACCAUUGCGAUGUUGUCGCGUGCCGUGCAAGAAGCCCACGCAUAUGGAACGGGAGUGAAGUUACCCACAGGAUGUCUCGCACAGCAGUCCAUCACGGACGCAUGGGAGGCAGAUCUCCCCUGGAAAGCCUAACGAACGAGCGUCAUCGGCCAUGAUUGGUCCUGUCGACGCUCGUGCGUACUGUUGAACUCUCGCUCUGUACCUCUUCAUCAAGAGAGGGCAGUGUUGUUCGGCUUGAAUCUCGGCCCGCUCAUCUCACGGCGCAUGCAGUAAAUCUGGCCUUCUGAGUCAAGCUCAAGGCGUGCCGCGACAGCAUAAAUACACACAAGACGGUACCCCAUGCCGCGGUUCUCUCCCGAGUUCCAAGUGCAUCUGAGAUGGUCGCGGCGUUCCUGCUCCUCAGCGCGCUGCCACUCGCAUUCGCCGCACCGGCCGCGGAGUCUGCCUCCGCGUUCGCAGGCUCGACGGCAUCUGCUGUGUACCCUCCUCCUGGUGCUACAAUCACCAGCGACGAGUCCUAUUUCCCAGACGCUGAACAAGUCGGAUACCCCGGGCCUACUCCGACGGGCGCCGAAGCGGAAGCCAUUGCCACUGCCCCCGUAGCUGCAUUGAACACCAACGCCUACCCGCUCGUGGCGCCGCAAACUCCGUACAGUGGUACGGGUACCCCGUUCCAGCUCAUCCGUUCGUGGGGAAACCUCAGCCCUUGGUUCUCCGUCGGCAGCGAUGCCUUCGGUCUACCCACUGCCGAUCCCCAGAUCCCCUCCGGCUGCGAGCUUGAACAGGUCCACCUGCUGCACAGGCAUGGUGCUCGGUACCCGACCUCAGGUUCUGCGCCGAGCUCGUUCGCGGCGACGGUUCAGGCUGCAGCUUCUGGCAGCGGCUUCUCCGCCACGGGCCCUCUGGAGUUCUUGAAUACUUGGACCUACAAGCUCGGUGCCGAGAUUUUGACGCCUUUCGGUCGCCAGCAACCAUUCGACCUUGGUGUUGCCUUCAGGGUCAAGUAUGGCCAGCUGCUGACCGAGUUUACUGACUUACCUGUCUUCCGGACGACUUCGGAGAGUGACAUCCAUUUUGCUGCGGGCUUCUUCGGCGUUCCAGAUUAUCAGACUUCGUACCACCAAGAGAUUAUCAUCGAGGAGUCUGGUUUCAACAACACACUGGCCCCUUGGAACGCCUGCCCCAACUCUAAUGAUGCCGUUGCGGGAGAUCUCGGCAGCUAUGCGUAUGGCAACUGGACCCAGAUCUACCUGAACGCAACUGUGCCCAGACUGCAAAAGUACAUCACCGGUUUGAACCUUACGACCAGCGAUCUCUAUGCCAUGCAACAACUUUGCGCGUAUGAGACUGUUGCCCUCGGAUAUUCAGAGUUCUGCAGUCUCUUCACCGACGAGGAACCUUUCCUUCUGGUAUGGCGAUGGCCCUGGAAACCCGCGGCCGCGGCCCAGGGUAUCGGUUACGUCCAGGAGCUUGUGGCUCGCUUGACGAAGAAGCCUUUGACUUCAUUCGACACGUCCACCAACGGGACCCUUGACGGCAACAACAUCACGUUCCCACUAAACCAGCCCAUCUACGUAGACGCCAGUCACGACACGGUGAUCGCAAGUAUCAUCACUGCAUUGAACUUCACGACACUUGCUGCCAAUGGCCCUCUUCCGAUUGACCACAUCCCUGCUUACCAAACCUACCACGUCCACGACAUCGCACCCUUCACAUCCAAUCUGGUCGCGCAGGUGAUGUCUUGCCCUGCCUCCGUGAGCACAGCGCUUGAGGCAGGCUCUGCUGCCGAUCCGGUGUCUUACAUCCGUUUCUUGCUGAACGACGGCGUCGUGCCGCUUACCGGUAUUGCCCACUGCGAGACACCUGACGCAAAUGGCCUAUGCCCGCUCGAAAACUUCAUCCAGGGCAUGCAAGAACGCAUCGAGGAGGUUGAUUUUGUGUAUGACUGCUACGCGAAUUACACUCCGCCGGCGCUGACCGCGGACACGAUCAUUGACGGCCGGAUGAUCCAGUACUAAAGGUUGUGAGGAAUAGUCAUACAGUGUCAUGCCGAUCUCAAAAAAUGUAAUGAAGAUAUUGGAGAUCCAUGCGGGAGAUCCAUGCGGUCGACCCCGGGUGAAUGCAAGUGAGAAGAGGAUGGGAGUGAAUAGCGACAUCGAUGUUCGCGCGAGCCGC